AAUGGUUUAAUCAACUGGAGCGUGAAUAUAGCCGAUGUGAGCAGGAAAUCCAAGAUUUUAAUAAAGAUAUAGAGCGUCUUGAGAAUGCUUCAGAAGAAAAGAUGGCAGAGUUAAGAUCCAAAAUCUCCAGUCUAAAAAGUCAGCUAUAUCAAGUUAAGAAGGAUGUGAUGAUGAUAUCUCAAAAUCAAGGUGUAAAUUCAACUGAUAAUGCAAACGAUCCACCAAUUGGAAGAGAAGUAGCAAUAGGGACAAGACAAUUUGUCAAAUUAAGAGUUGUAGAAGGUCCUUGGAGUGAAGACUGGCGUGUAGCAAGAGGUCACCUUACUAAU